GAGACUGUCUUGAAAGGGAAAAUGGUUGUUCAUUGCAGUGCUGGCAUAGGCAGAACAGGAACAUUUAUUGCCCUAGAUGCUCUCCUGGAAUAUGGGAAGGAGUCCGGACACAUUGACGUAAUGCAGUACAUAAAAACCAUGCGGAAGGAUAGGAUCAAUAUGGUUCAAACUGUUGAACAAUACAUAGCUAUACACCAGCUCCUUAUAGAAGCCUUCGAUAUGCCAGACACCCUGAUUCCAAGAAUGAAGUACCACAUUACACUUACUACUCUCUCCAAUGGCGGUCCUACGAACCAAACAAAGCUCAGGAAGGAAUACCUGCUGGCACAAACUAUGAAACCAGCUUACGAUGAGACAAGCUACAGAGCCGCUUUACUGCCAUCAAACAAGAUGAAGAACAGGACCUUAUCAGUCGUUGCUGUUGACAAGUUCAGGGCGUACCUUCGAUCAUAUGCUGACUGUAGAACGGACUACAUAAAUGCCGUGUCAGUGCCAUCCUAUACAUCCAAAACUGGGUACAUUGUCACACAGACUCCUCUGGAGGACACCGUAGUGGAUCUGUUGACGAUGGUAAUGGACCACAGCUGUCAAACAAUUGUCAUCAUCGAGCCGGACGACAUAGACUGGCUUCCAGGCAAGGGUGAAAAUACAUCCAUCGGGAAUUUUACGUUGGAACACAAAGGGAAGUCUUCAACAAUAGCAAAUGUCGAUUUGCUAGAAAUCGCAAUAGAAAACGCGGAAAAUAGCUUCAAUACCACGGUUAAAGUGUUCCAUAUGACUGGAUGGGGUAGAGAAUCAUCAGUCCCCAAGGAUUCGUCCAUGUUGCUUCACCUACUGGAACUUAUUGACAGCAGACGCAAAUCGGACGAUACCAAGACAACAAUAGUCAUGUGUCGUGAUGGCUAUUCCCAGAGUGGGCUGUUCUGUUGUAUCAGUAAUGCAAGAGACCAAAUGAAGAGUGACGAAGAAGUAGAUAUCUUUCAGAUUUCACGUCAGUUGCUUGUGCGACGUCCAGUAUUUGUGAUCAAUUUUGAACAGUACCAAUACUGCUACAACGUGAUCAAAGACUAUCUGGAUACCACCGACGUGUACAUGAACUGAUUAAUGAGUACCUGGAUACCACCGACGUGUACAUGAACUGAUUAAUGAGUACCUGUAUACCACGGAUGUGUACAUUGACUGAUAAAUGAGUACCUGGAUACCACUGACGUGUACAUGAACUGAUUAAUGAGUACCUGGAUACCGCCGACGUAUACAUGAACUGAUUAAUGAAUACCUGGAUACCAUUGACGUGUAUAUGAACUGAUUAAUGAGUACGUGGAUACCAUCGCCGUGUACUGGAAAACAUGUAUUUUAAACAUAGUUUAAGGAAAGCUCUUAAAUGUAUUGCUUUCGCUUUAAUAGUUUACCGAAGAAUCAUACUCUGGAAGUGUUUCCGUAGUAAACAGCGAUAUGUUACAGCUGUAUUAAGAUUUAACUAUGAAGUGAAAAGGCUGAAUCAUCCAAGGGAACUAUUUUUAUAUACUUGGGACAUUUUAUGCUGUAAAUAUCUGAAUCGUUCCGUAUGUAAACAUUUUUGGGACGCGACGACAACCAAUCUAAAUUCACAUAGAAAUAACCUGAUUGUUGUAUCCAUUAAUUAUCAUGCAUCUCACUCCUAACGAAAGUAAUUAUGUUGUUAGUUAUACAUAGGAACAUAACUAUAACAUAAAUAUAGCUCGUAAAACCUUAAGCCAAUACUAUUUUUAUAGAAUUAUUAACUGAUGUUUGGCAUAUCACUUUUUGUCAGUGUUUGUAAUUUGUUGCUCUCAGUUGGACGUUUCUAUUAUUACUAUAUUUUAAUAGAUAUUUAAUCUUAUUCACAUUCAUUUUAUUUUACAUUUUUUUUUUUUUGUGAAUUUGAAGCACAUUUUACAUUGCUCUAGAUAGAAUGAAGGUUUAUUGCAGCUCUAUUUUAAUUCACUUGUAUAUUUUUAUCAGAAUUAAACGAAAUGUGCUGACCAAUUUUUCAUCAAGUUUACCCUGAGCGAUACUGCAUUACAGGUUUUAAGCCAAGUAGCAAUGCCUAAUAUAUAAUUAUACUAAUUUAAACAGUGACCCUCUUUAUAAGGUAUAUCUCUUCGAAUAAUCAUGUUCUACUUACGCUAAAUAUACUUUUAUAUCACUACUAUCACUGGAGUAAAAACUAUGUUUAUCCAAUACUUUUAUAUUUCCAUGUCGAUAAACCUGCUUAUACUUGUUACAUCGACUUACAAUUUAUUUAUCUAAAUGGAGUGUGUAUUAAUGUACAUCAAUUUUACUUAUUUUAAAUUUCUGAAUGUCAUA